CAAUACGAGAUACCAGUGUGGUCUUUUUCGCUCGCUCCGUCGAUGGCGAACCACGGCGAGAUCGCGCCGCUUCUUCUUCUCCUCCUCUCAUCUCUUCUCGUGCUGCCCCAGGCAGACGCGUUCUACCUCCCCGGCGUGGCACCUCGCGAUUUCCAGAAGGAUGAUGAGCUUCAAGUCAAAGUGAACAAGCUUUCAUCUACAAAGACACAACUUCCAUAUGAUUACUAUUUUUUGGAUUACUGUAAGCCUCUGAAGAUCAUGAAUAGUGCUGAGAAUCUAGGAGAGGUUCUUCGUGGAGACCGUAUUGAGAAUUCUAUUUACACAUUUCAAAUGAGAAGGGAUGAAGGUUGCAAAGUAGCUUGUCGCACAAAACUUACCCCUGAAGCUGCAAAGAAUUUUAAGGAGAAGAUAGAUGAUGAAUAUCGAGUGAAUAUGAUCUUGGAUAAUCUUCCUGUAGCAGUUCCUCGACAAAGAAGAGAUGGAAAUCAAGUAGCAACUUAUGAACAUGGAUUCCGUGUUGGUUACAAGAUCAAUGAUGAUAAGUAUUACAUAAAUAAUCAUCUCAGUUUCAAAGUCAUGUAUCAUAAAGAUCUAGAUUCCGAAGAUUCUCGAAUUGUUGGUUUUGAGGUGAUUCCAAGCAGUGUGAAGCAUGAAUUUAGUGAGUGGGAUGACAAGAAUCCUAAAGUGCUUACCUGUUACCCAAGCACUAAAAUAACUCCAACUAGCAAUGCUCCACAGGAAGUAGUUGCUGAAAAAUAUGUUGUCUUCUCAUAUGAUGUUACAUUCCAGCCCAGUGAAAUUAAAUGGGCAUCUCGUUGGGACACAUAUCUUCUGAUGAAUGAUGACCAAAUCCACUGGUUUUCUAUCAUAAAUUCAUUGAUGAUAGUUCUCUUUCUAUCUGGUAUGGUGGCGAUGAUCAUGAUGAGAACCCUUUACAGAGAUAUAUCCAAUUAUAAUCAGCUGGAGACCCAGGAUGAAGCCCAGGAAGAAACAGGAUGGAAAUUAGUCCAUGGUGAUGUUUUUAGAUCACCCACUAAUUAUGGUUUGCUUUGUGUGUAUGUGGGAACUGGUGUUCAGUUCUUUGGGAUGACCUUGGUCACAAUGAUAUUUGCAUUGCUGGGCUUCCUCUCUCCUUCCAACCGCGGGGGUCUUAUGACUGCAAUGGUUCUUUUGUGGGUGUUCAUGGGUCUAUUUGCUGGAUAUUCAUCUUCCCACCUCUAUAAAAUGUUCAAAGGCACAGAGUGGAAAAAGAUCACCUUGCAAACUGCAUUCAUGUUUCCUGGUGUGGUUUUUGCUAUUUUCUUUGUGCUCAAUGCUAUUAUCUGGGGGGAGAAAUCAUCUGGUGCUGUUCCAUUUGGUACCAUGUUUGCGUUGGUUUUCCUAUGGUUUGGCAUAUCUGUACCAUUGGUGUUUGUUGGGAGCUAUAUCGGAUUCAAGAAGCCUGCAAUGGAGGAUCCAGUAAAGACCAAUAAGAUCCCUAGGCAAAUACCGGAGCAGGCUUGGUACAUGCAGCCUGGAUUUUCUAUACUAAUUGGUGGAAUACUUCCAUUUGGUGCUGUCUUCAUUGAGCUCUUCUUCAUUCUGACAUCCAUAUGGCUGAAUCAGUUUUACUACAUCUUUGGCUUCCUCUUCAUAGUGUUCAUCAUCCUCAUCGUGACUUGUGCUGAGAUCACAAUGGUGCUUUGCUACUUCCAGCUUUGCAGUGAGGAUUAUUAUUGGUGGUGGAGGGCAUAUUUGACCGCAGGUUCUUCUGCAAUCUACCUCUUUGCAUAUGCGGUAUUCUACUUCUUCACCAAGUUGGAGAUAACCAAGUUGGUUUCUGGCAUCCUUUACUUUGGAUACAUGUUGAUCGCAUCAUAUUCAUUCUUUGUGUUGACUGGGACAAUUGGCUUUUAUGCCUGUCUGUGGUUCGUUCGCAAGAUAUACUCAUCUGUUAAAAUAGACUGAUGGGAUUCUGGGAAAAAGGUCUUUUAAUAAGGUUCCAUCAGCAUAUGGAAGGUUAGAAUAGAUGCUGAGAUUUUAGUUCGAGGGAGUUGAGUGACACUGUAUGUGGGAAGUCAAGCGCUAGGGCUGCAGACAACUUCCUUGGACAGUUUCAGGGGUUGGUGAUUCUACGAGGCGGAUGCUAUUGGGGGCGGGACCGAAUCAGCCCUGAAAUCAUGCAGGGGUGAUCUGGCCUCUCACCAACCUGAUAUAUAAGCUUCCGUCACAAAUCAGGACUGUG